AUGCUUCUCCUAGACUACCAGAACGUCCUUAUCCAGUCGGUGUUGACUGAGAGGUUCUCCGGUGCCCCUCCCGCUCACAUCGACCAGACCGUCUCCGACUUCGACGGCGUCAUUUACCACAUCUCGACCCCUGAGACGAAGACCAAGAUCCAGCUUUCCAUUCAAAUAAGAUGCUACAAGGACCUGGUGAAGUACGGCGCGGAGCAGGUGCUGCAGAGAGAAUAUGGCCAAUACGUGGUACCGCCGGAGCCCGGCUACGACUUUUCGGUCCUGAUCGAUCUUGAGAACCUUCCCGAGGACAAGGGUCAGUUCCGUUGCGACCAGCGAUGCUGCAAGGGCUGA